CUCCAUUGCUCUCCUCUCCACAGGGGCUUUUAAUUUUUCACAUAACAAAGUUUUGGUCACUGAUUGAAAAUUCCCAUUUUCUCCUUGGGGCCUCGGAUUUCACAAGGAAGGCGAAAAAAUAUAGAUGGCGGUGUCGGCGGAUUGCCGGAUUUCCCUCUCGGGCGCCGGCCAGCUACGUGGUGCGGCGGGGUUGGGGGGGAGGAACUGGAGGCUUGUCAAGUUUUGUAAUGGGGAAGUAAUGGGGACUAAGCUGAAGCAGACCCAACUUCAGCAAUCAAUUGCUUGUGUCGCUAAAAAUGUUAGGCAACGUGUUUGCAUGUCUCUCACUGCUGAUGUAGCAGCCGAGACCAAGCUGAGAGAUUUCGACAUGGAAAAACGAGACCCAAGGACAGUAGCGGCAAUCAUACUUGGAGGAGGAGCUGGUACUAGGCUUUUUCCCCUCACAAAGCGCCGUGCCAAACCUGCUGUUCCCAUAGGGGGAUCAUACAGACUCAUUGAUGUGCCAAUGAGCAACUGCAUUAACAGUGGGAUCAACAAAGUCUACAUUCUCACUCAGUUCAACUCGGCUUCGCUCAAUCGGCAUCUCGCCCGCGCCUACAACUUUGGCAAUGGUGUCACCUUUGGCGAUGGCUCUGUUGAGGUUCUAGCAGCCACUCAAACACCAGGAGAGGCAGGCAAGAGGUGGUUCCUGGGUACUGCAGAUGCAGUGAGACAGUUCCAUUGGCUGUUUGAGGAUGCAAGAAGUAAGGACAUUGAGGAUGUCCUAAUUCUAUCUGGAGAUCACCUUUACAGAAUGGAUUAUAUGGACUUUGUUCAAAAGCAUAGGCAGAGUGGUGCUGAUAUCACUCUCUCUUGUCUGCCAAUGGAUGACAGUCGAGCCUCAGAUUUUGGUCUAAUGAAGAUAGACAACAAAGGAAGGGUCCUCUCAUUCAGUGAAAAGCCUAAAGGAGAAGACCUGAAAGCAAUGCAAGUAGACACAACCGUUUUGGGACUCUCAAGGGAAGAGGCUGAGAAGAAACCAUAUAUUGCUUCCAUGGGGGUGUAUGUCUUCAAGAAGGAAAUACUUCUGAAUCUUUUAAGAUGGCGUUUUCCGACGGCAAAUGAUUUCGGAUCGGAGAUAAUCCCAGCCUCAGCCAGAGAAUUCUUCAUAAAGGCUUAUUUGUUUAAUGAUUAUUGGGAAGACAUAGGUACUAUCAGAUCCUUCUUUGAGGCAAACCUUGCCCUGACCAAGCAUCCACCAAUGUUUAGUUUCUAUGAUGCAUCAAAGCCAAUGUAUACUUCAAGAAGAAACUUGCCCCCAUCAAAAAUUGACAGCAGCAAGAUUGUUGAUUCAAUUAUAUCUCAUGGAAGUUUCAUAAAUAACAGCCUCAUAGAGCAUAGCCUUGUUGGUAUCAGAUCUCGGAUAAAUUCUAAUACUCACCUAAAGGACACUGUGAUGCUUGGUGCUGAUUUCUAUGAAACAGACGUUGAAGUGUCAUCAUUGUUAGCUGAGGGAAGAGUUCCUAUUGGAAUUGGAGAAAACACAAAAAUCAAAGAAUGCAUCAUUGACAAAAACGCAAGAAUUGGAAAGAAUGUGUUAAUUGCAAACUCAGAGGGUGUUCAAGAAGCAGAUAGAACAUCAGAAGGGUUUUACAUCCGUUCAGGCAUAACCAUCAUAUUAAAAAAUUCAGUAAUUCAAGACGGAACCGUGAUCUAAAUCUAAUACAUUUUCUUCCAAGUUCCAUCCUUUUUUCCCUCCCUUUUGGGGUCAGGAUUGGAUUAGAAAAAGAAAAUAAUGAAAUACGAGUGUAACUGUGCUCAGUCAAUCAAGGCAUCCUUUUAGAAUGUGGAUGUGCAAAACUAUCAUCUUUUGUAAAUUGCAAACGUA